AUGGACACUCUCGACAACCAGCGGCUGCCAGACUACCCAAUCAUUGUCGAGUGCGGCAGUGGCUCCGGUAUCGUCUCUGGCCAUAUGGCCGCCACUUUCCAGACCGCCCAGGUCAUCUCCACCGACCUUAACCCUUACGCCAACGAGGCCACCGCAGACACAUUGCGGAACACACUCAACCGGCGCCCCCAAAGCACCGUCGCACGCAUGAGCCUUUUAACCAACUUCAAAAACGAAUCCGUUGACGCCAUCGUGUUCAACCCGCCAUAUGUCCCGUCGGAGCCCGGCGAAAUUCGGGACGAGUUGGACUACGCCUGGGCAGGUGGCCGUGACGGCACUGAGUCCACUCAUCCCCUCGUUGCUGACGCCAGGCGAGUGCUCCGGGUAGGUGGCUCUCUCUAUCUCCUACUUGAGAAACGCAAUAACCCGGAACAUUUCGUCUCGCAGUACCGCCACGACUUUGGGCGUGUGGACAAAAUAGGUGAGAAGAAAAUCCCUGGCGAACUUCUCAGUGUUUGGCGCUUCGUCAAGACGUGA